CACACCGUUAUGAUGAUGAUUAUGGUGCAGUACGCCUGAUAGAUUGCUUAUUAGAUGACAGUAAUAAUGGGUAGAAGGCGACCAAGACCAAAUAAAAACAAACGGGAAAGAGAUGGGAAAGGAUAUCAAUCAGCGGUGAGGGAAAACAAGCUGUUUGAAAAGUAUUAUAAAGAACUUGGAAUUGUACCAGAACAGGAAUGGGACGCCUUUAUGAAUGCCCUUCGGGAGCCCCUACCAAUCACCUUCAGAAUCACUAGUUUUGGUGGGGAAACAGAAGAGUUGAAAAAGUUGGUAAAAACAGAGUACAUUGGAAAACUUUUAGAAGAGAAGUCAUCGAGCGACAAGCCAAAAGUUGUGUGUUUGCCAUGGUAUCCAGAUGAACUUGGAUGGCAAUUAAAUUCAUCCAGACAGGAAGUUCGGAAAGAUGCACGGUUUGAAAAAUUGAAGACAUUUCUUCUUCAGGAAACUGAAAGUGGCAGUAUUAGCAGACAAGAAGCUGUAUCAAUGAUACCACCAAUGUUGAUGGACGUAAAGCCACAUCACAAGGUUUUAGAUAUGUGUGCUGCUCCUGGUUCAAAAACAGCUCAGCUGAUUGAGUAUCUACACAACACUCCAGACAAUGAAAUGCCAGAGGGUUAUGUGGUUGCCAAUGAUGUGGACAACAAGCGAUGCUACUUGAUGACUCAUCAGGUCAAAAGGUUAAACAGUCCCUGCUGUGCCAUCAUUAAUCAUGAUGCUUCCUACCUGCCUAAUCUGAGAUGUGGGGAUGGCCCUCGUGAGUUUGUGAAGUACGAUCGUAUUUUGUGUGACGUCCCUUGUAGUGGAGACGGAACUCUGAGAAAAAAUCAGGAUAUCUGGACGAAAUGGACACCAAACCAAGGAAUAAACUUACACGGAAUUCAGGCCAAGAUCUUGAAGCGAGGAUUAGACUUGCUGGAGGUCGGAGGUCGUCUGGUGUACUCAACAUGUUCUCUCAACCCGGUGGAAGACGAGGCUGUUAUUGCUGGCAUGUUACAAAAGUGUGAAGGUUCAGUAGAACUGGUUGACGUAAGUGAGGAAAUUAAGAAUCUCAAAUAUACACCAGGAAUUUCACAGUGGAAGAUGAUGACUAAAGACGGUAGUCAGUUUUUUGAUGAUUACGAGUCUGUAUCAAACUACACUCAUUUCCAACCCUCCAUGUUCCCACCAACAAAGGAGGAAAGUGAAAAAUUAAACCUACACAGAUGUAUGAGAGUGUUACCACAUCAACAGGAUACAGGAGGGUUCUUUAUUGCAGUCCUGAGGAAAAACUCUACAGUACCAUGGCAACAGAAGAAAACACCAGCAAACACAGAACAGAAAGAACAAAACAAAACAGUGGAGACGAGUACCACAAAUGGAGGAGAGGCAAAGGAGGGUAAGGCCGAGGACAGCAAUCCUCCAUUGAAGGACCCAGAAGAUGGGAGAACAAAAAAGAGACCAGCAGAGGAGGAGGAAGAUUUGAACCCCAAACCAUCUAAGCAGGUGUCCAGGCGACUGCAUGGUUACAAAGAGGAUCCAUACAUCUUCUUGGAGGACGAUGACCCCAUGUGGGGCCCCAUCAAGAAUUUUUACGGGAUUCCUGAUGAUUUCCCGAGAAAUCAGAUUAUGUACAGGGCUGAGAACAGUCAGAGGAGAACGCUGUAUUACGUGUCAUCAGCCAUCAGAGAUCUGGUACGCAGGAACAACGAAAGAAUCAAAUUCAUCAACCUAGGGGUGAAAGUCUUUGGUCGGAGUAAGUCCCCGCUUGUUCCAGACUGUGAUUAUAGAAUUGCUCAAGAGGGCUUAGUGACAAUGAGGAGCUUGCUUACGAAGAGAUCAGUUAUCCUGACGAGGGAUGAUUUCAUUCUGGCUAUGACCAAGGAAAACCCCCUGUUCAAAGACUUCUCAGUAGAUGGCAGCCAGAAGUUCCACAAUAUGGAUACUGGAAGCAUAGUACUUCUGUACAAAGGAUCAAAUAGUGAGAUGCGGCCGGCCUGUGAUCUGGUGAUUUGUGGCUGGCGAGGGAAGACUUCUGUAAGAGCCUUCAUCAACAGUGGGCUCAGGUUCCAUUACUUAAGGCUGUUCAGUGAAAAACUGGCAGAGGAUUUGGCAAUCCAGUUAUUGGCAAAGAAGCAGCAGAAAAAAGAUAAAGAAAAGGCAACAGAAGAUGAGGAACACAUAGAUACAGAUCAAACAGGAAAGCAGGAGGGGGAUCUAAGGGAGGUGGAUUCAGAAGUGACCAAAGCUGAUGAGAUGGAUGAUAGUGAAGAAGUAGGCAAUGAUAAUGUAGAGGGUUGUGACAAUGACGAUGAUAUUGGGUCUACAGACAAUCCGAUUGAUGAAUGUGGGACCUGAGCAUCAGAAUGCAGAUUGGAAAUAGUGUUUUGAUGAAUAUUAUUUGGAAGAAUGAGAACUGAAGAUAAAGAAUCAUGUAUUCUUAGAAAUGUGUAAUGAGAGAAUAGUCAAAGUGAUUUGUCUCAUACUGUAACACAGUGUGAUGCUUUUGUUUCCCAUCACCUGUGUGAAGACUGUCCUUUAGUGUAACAUAUAUACAUAUACAAUGACAUUUAAGAUUUGAGUCCAAGUACUGAUAUACAAUAAGAAAUUUGAUAUCUUGCAAAAAUAUUAUUAAUAGGAGAGGUAUUCAACACAUUUAUGAAAUUAACGUGACAGGUAUUUCCGCUUGCUUAAGCAAUUUAUAUCAAAUUCAAAAUUGAGUAUUCUAAAAUGUGUGAAAAGAUUACCUCACAUUAAAUCUCGGAACAAUUUUAUUUGGGUUUGUCAUCUGUACAGACAU